AUGUUGGACAUGCCGGAAGAACAAUGCCAGAAAGCCUCGUCCGGACAGCAGGAAACGUCUGCUGUGACAUUUCACACCCUUACAGAAGCUGAGGCGACUGUAAUGGAGCGAUAUCUGGGCUCGAAGCAAGGACCCACAGCUUCACAGGCCCUCCAGAGGAAUCCUAGAGUUAAGUCACUCUUUGACCAACUUGGUUUCGGGCCUCAAGCGAGGGAAGCUGCUAUAGCCCUUAUGAAUAUUUCUGCAGGAGCCAACCAUUGCUUCACUGCUCAACCUCAAAGGUCAUUCUUGGAAAAUGACAAUGCUAUCAUUUUCACAGACGGGGACAUGGAAGUUCCAUACCCGGAUCAUAGGAGGCCGCUUUACCUGGAGGGACAAAUCAAUGAUGUGUUCAUACGGAGGGCUCUAGUAGACACAGGUUCUUCUGUUAACAUCUUGCCUCUGUCUGUACUUACAGCAGCUGGUAUUCCACUAUCCAAGAUCGUGCAGUCCCAAACGAGCAUUAGCGGUUUUGGGAAUCAAAGUGAGGUUAUGGUUGGAUAUAUGCAAGUAAAUUUGAAGGUAGGGCCCAUCCGGUCACUUACCAAGUUCUAUGUGGUGGAUGUAGAUGUGGCUUAUCAUGCUUUGUUGGGAAGGCCAUGGCUCAACAAACAUAAACUUGUGGUCUCUACAUACCAUCAAUGUGUAAAAGGAAGAAUUGGGCUAAGACCACUCCGUAUACCAGGGAAUCAAGCACUGUUCAAUCAAAGCGAAGCUCACUACUCCGAGGCAGAAUUCUACACUAAGUGCACAGGCCCCGGAAGCAACCCAUCCAAGAAUUCUGGGACUUACCUGCCAUCGUGGACCGAGAUUCGUGAUCUGAGCAACGAGGAGCUCAUAACCAUCGUCGAUCGAGAAAGAAAAAGGCACUCGGAGGCCAACAACCAUGCCUACGAGCAUCCUCAAUGCUCAAAGGUUACGCUGCCAGAUGGGCGCACUGUAUAUCGCUUAUGA